AUGAAGUUUCAGCAUAUGCUUGGUGCCACGGCGGCACUUGCCACAGCUGCAACUGCCGUCAACAUCACUGGCUACGAAUAUGUCAUUGUUGGCUCUGGUGCUGGCGGAGGGCCUCUCGCUGCUCGUCUUGCCCUCGCUGGCCACAAGACCCUGCUCCUCGAGGCUGGCGACGACCAUGGAGCUGACAACAACUACACGGUCCCAGCCUAUAGUGUGAGGAUCUCAGAGCAAGAGGACGUCGCCUGGAACUUUUUCGUCCACCACUACGCCGACGACACCCGCCAGGCUCGAGACUUCAAGACCAGCUACAAGACCCCGGAUGGCUCCAUCUACACCGGAUUGAACCCUCCCGCGGGCUCCCAGCUGCUGGGUACCCUCUACCCACGUACCGGAACACUAGGAGGAUGCACAGCACACAAUGCCUUGAUCGCAGUCUACCCCCAUGAGUCAGACUUCGAGUACAUCGCGUCACUCACUGGAGACUCGUCGUGGUCUUCGGAGAACAUGCGCCAGUACUUUGUCAAGCUGGAGAAGAACCAGUAUCUGCUGCCUGGACAGGUUGGCCACGGAUACGAUGGCUGGCUCGAGACAGAGACUGCGCCUCUCAGCAUCGUGACCGGAGAUCCGCAGCUCCUCAGCAUGCUUACCGGCGGAGCAUUCGCUCUUGGCAACGAAACCAACCUCGUCAUCAACUUGGACACGUUGAUCGCCGGCGACGCAAACGCGGACACUACCACCCGCGACACCGUGCCUGGCUACUACCAAAUCCCCAUCGCAACCAACUCUGCACACCGUGUUGGCUCUCGCGAGUUCGUGGUGGCUGUUCGGGAUGCUACCAAUGCGGAUGGCAGCAAGAAGUACCCCCUUGACGUCCGCCUCAACACCCACGUGACGAAGAUCACGUUCGACCAGACCGUCUCGCCACCACGUGCAACUGGUGUUGAGUUCCUCGACGGCCAGUACCUGUACAAGGCCAGCCCCAAGAGCAGCGGUGCCUCCGGCACUCCUGGCUCGGCCACAGCAUCUCGCGAGGUCAUCAUUGCCGGCGGUGUCUACAACUCCCCCCAGAUCCUGAAGCUCAGCGGCAUUGGUCCUAAGGAUGAGCUCACCAAGUUUGGCGUCCCCGUCGUCGUCGACUCUCCUGGUGUUGGAACCAACCUCCAAGACCACUACGAGAUCACGGUCCAGGGCAAGAUCGAGAACAACUUCACCGCUCUGGACGGCUGCACCUUCGACGAAAGCGCCAACGACAAGUGCCUCGACCGCUGGGAGAACCCCGUCCUGGGCGACCACGGGCUGUACUCGUCCCCCGGCCUCGCCGCCGCCAUGUACUACAAGAGCACCGUCACCGACAACAACGAGUGGGACGCCUUCGUCUUCGGCGGCCCGGUCAACUUCCGCGGCUACUUCCCGGGCUACAGCGUCAACGCCACGGCCGAGCACAACUGGUUCACCUGGGCCAUCCUCAAGGCCCACCCGCGCAACAACGCCGGCACGGUCAAGCUCCGCUCCGCCGACCCGCUCGACGUCCCCGAGAUCACCUUCAACUACUUCGACACGGGCUCCGGCGACUACCAGAAGGACGUCACCGCCCUGACCGAGGCCGUCGGCCUCGCCCGCGACGCCUUUGCCCGCCAGCUCAUCAACGUCACCGAGAUCCUCCCCGGCGCCGACGUCCAGGGCGCCGACGCCGUCGGCCAGUACGCCAAGGACACCGCCUGGGGCCACCACGCCUCCUCCACCGUCCCCAUCGGCGCAGACAACGACCCCAACGCCGUCCUGGACUCGAGCUUCCGCGUCCGCGGCGUCGCUGGCCUGCGCGUCGUCGACGCCUCGGUCUACCCCCGGAUCCCGGGCACGUUUACCGCCGUGUCGACUUACAUGGUGGGCGAGAAGGCGGCGGAUGUCAUUCUGAGCCAGCUUAAUGCCACGGCCUCUGCCACGAAGAGGAGGUAG